AUAGUUACUUAGUAACUUUUUUUUUAAGAAUAAAAAUCUAAAUUGAAAUACACAACCUUGUGCACUCGUACACUUUUCCAGUUUUCCAAUUUUUCCCUCGGAGAGUGGCAUUAUUCAAUGACAAAAAAAAUCGCACUAAAAACACAGAUUGCGCUUGUGCCGAACCUGUUCGGUAUUGUAUAUUUUCAAUUACGUUACGCAGCGGCAAGUGCGAUUGUGUAGUGUGCUUUGCGACCAGUCCGAGCGAUGACUUGGCCAAUGCAUCAAGACGCCGCCGCCGCUGUUUUACGGAGGACUAUGGUGCUGCUACUUUUGCUGUUGACGUUCUCCUUGUCGUCGUUUCCAUCGGUCACUGCUGAGUGCCUGGACAAAUGCAGGUGUGAUGGUGCUGAGAUCUACUGCAAUUUCAUGAAACUGGACCGGAUUCCCGACCGCAUAUCUCCGGAUACCGAAUUUCUGGAUUUAAGAUACAAUCUGAUAAGAAACAUUCCACCUGGGAUAUUCGAUUCAUUAACGUCGUUGAGUUAUUUAACGUUGAACGACAAUCAAAUAAGUAAUUUGAAAAAUGGUGCAUUUGCAAACCUUUCGAAGCUUCAGACAUUGUAAGAAUAUUGAUUAACAAAUACGCUAAUGGUUAUAUUAUAUUUAUUUAUAUAAUAUUAUCAUCUA